AUGCUACAACGGGCUUAUGAGAAAAUCAAGCUUAUCCAGGAGAGAAUUAAGGCAGUUCAUAGCCGACAGAAAAGCUAUGUAGAUACCCAUCGACGAGCGCUAGAAUUUGAUAAGCGUGAUAAAGUGUUCUUGAAAAUUGCGCCGAUGAAAGGGAUAAUGAAAUUCAAGAAGAAAGAUCCGUCUCACAUAAUAAGUUAUGAAACAUUGGAGAUUGGUGAGACCUUAUCUUAUGAAGAAAUACCAAUUCAGGUUUUAGAUUAUAAAGAACAGGAAUUACGUAUCAAGAAAAUCCCACUAGUGAAAGUACUCUGGAGGAACCAUGCAAUGGAGGAAGCCUCAGGGGAGUUGGAGGAGGAGAUGCGUCAGAAGUACCCACACCUAUUCAGUGGGAUUCAACAGUAG